UGGAAGGCGCGGAUGGCCAAGACAGGUCGGAGAAGAGUUAGUAUUUGGGUGGGCAUCAGGAAAAGUAGGUACGAGAUGGGUGGCAGUAAGGUUGUUGAAAGAGAGCUGAACUCGAAGCAAGAGGCAAGAUUUAAUAAGAGUGGCGUGGAUAGUGUAGAUAGUGUAGAUGGGGUGGUUGUGGAUGAUGUAGGUGUGGAUGAGAUGUGUGUAGAUGAAGUGGAUGUUUGGGAAGUGUGGAUAGAUAGCUGGCUUGGGAAUUCAGAUGAAGGCGGGUUAGGGUCUCAGCCGGGGACAAGCACCAAUACAACGCGGGUGGUAGAGGGGCCGGAUCGCUGUGUGAUUGAGUGGGUGGGAGGCCGGGGUGAGAGUUUAUCAGAUGUGCUAACUUGUGUCGGGGAUGUUCUGCAGGAAAUUAGUAGGGAAUGUAGUGGGGAGUUAGUAUUUAGUGGAGUGGAUGAUGGCGUGGAUGAUGGCGUAGAUGAUGAGGUGGAUGAUGAAAUGGAUGAUGACAUAGAUAGUGGAUACUCACCCGUGCAGAUUGAGCGGGUUGAACUGUAUGGACUGUUCUUGUGCCGGCGAGUUGGGUGGAAACUACUGGGAUUAGGGGCGGAAGAGAUCAGUCUGAUAAAAUGUGUUGUGGAAAAGGACGAAAGGGGCACGGAGUGUUGCGAGAGUUCGAGUGGGUUGACGGAGUGGCAGGACGGGCGGUUUUCAUGCAAGCAAGUAGUGUUUUGCGAGAUGAUGCUAGAGGAUGUGCGUGUGCUGCUCUUACGAGAGCUGCAGUGGGUUGAGAAGGUUUGGCUGAAGAAAAUCGAGUGUUUGGGGCAGCGGCUUGUAGAGGGAUGGAUAGGCUGUGCGGUAGUUGAG